GAUGAGUAGAGCGCGACACGACUCAGUUGCUCACGAGCAUUCGCCAGAGUAAGAACCGAAUCAUGGCUGUCCGUUCGAAGAAUACCGCGGGUGUCGUGCUCGCGGCGUGCCGUACGGUGCUUCUCGUGUUCGUCGCCGUUCUUGUUUUCGCCGAUGCCGAUCAAAAGCAGUCGGGACUGAAGGUCGAGAAGCUGUACGUGCCGGAAGUUUGCGACGCCAAGUCGAAGAUCGGUGACCAGCUGACGAUGCACUACACCGGCACGUUGCUGGACGGUACCAAGUUCGACUCAAGCUUGGACAGAGAUCAGCCGUUCACAUUCCAGCUGGGAGUUGGCCAAGUUAUUAAAGGCUGGGACCAAGGAUUGGUGGAUAUGUGCGUGGGCGAAAAGAGGAAGCUGACCAUACCACCGGAACUCGGUUACGGAGAGAAGGGAGCCGGAAACGUAAUUCCUGGAGGUGCUACCUUGUUGUUCGACGUUGAACUGAUCAACAUCAGCGACUAUCCACCAACCGCGAACGUGUUCAAAGAAAUUGACCGUGACCGCGACAACCAGUUGUCCCGCGAGGAGGUGAGAGCAAUGGUGAGCGAGUACCUGAAGAAGCAGGUGAUCGAGGCGGAGCAGGGUAGCGCGGACAACAACGAGGAGGUGAAGAAGAUACUGGCCGACCACGACAAGCUCGUCGAGGAGAUCUUCCAGCACGAGGACAAGGACAAGAACGGCUUCAUCUCCCACGACGAGUUCACCGGGCCGAAGCACGACGAGCUCUGAAGUCUUCGUGCCGCGUCGCCGCGUCUCCGAGCACCGCGUCGCCGACGGCGUCGUGCCUCGCGCCACCACGUGUUCACUACCGCGGGGAAUCGCCUCCUCGAGUCCUAUCCGGUCCGCGAACACCAUUGAACACUGCAGCUGGUGUGCUCACCCCAGAUCGAUCGUCGACUGGGAUUCGACGCGUCCGCUGCGCGGUGCACGCGGAUCCCUCGCGAGUCUCGAGGAACAAUGGGGAAGCUGAAGAACGCGGACGGACCUCUUCUUCGCCGGGGAAUUUCUCUCGCGAAACGAGGACACUGGGCCAAUAUACCGAUCGAAGGAAUUCCGAAAAGUGUCCGGGAGUUUCAAUCCGACGGACGCCGUGCACAGGAACGCGCGCGCUAGGGCGGAAAUUUCGCUGUUGUGGAGCAGUCGGGACGCUUGGGAGCUCGAACAGUGGGUAUAUCGUGGGUAGAGAGUUCUAAGCGAGGGUCGAGAUUCGUAGGACCUCGGCACGUGAUCCAGAAAAGUAAUUCAGGUCUGGAAGGGUGAACGAAAUCACUAUAUUUGUACCGUCGACUGUGGACGAGAGGUAAACCUGAAGAGGUUCCCUUUACUUACUGGAACGCUUCGAAUCACUUCGCGUCCUUUCGACUCAGAGACACUUGUUCUCGUUAGUAGGGACACUUCUUAAAGAAGGGAGAUAAACUCGACUCGAGCAAAACCGUGGUAGAGAGAAAGGGGUGGAAAUGAAAUCGAAAUGGGAAAAAUUCUUGGAAUCUCUUAGGACUCGUUCGCGAUUAUCGACUCUCCCUCGUACGAGAGUUUGGUAGGGAACCACUUUUUUGACAAGUCAUGAUCCUACACUAUAGUAUGUAUUGAUCUGUUACUCAUACUGUACAGACAUGACAAGUUAGCUACUAUAGAAUUCUAUACUAUAGUAUCCAUUAUAAUAUAUACAGUCAAUCCCAUAACUAUUCUCUAUGUCCAUUGAAGAAGUUCGACUAAAUUAAAUAAUAGUUUUGAUAUUGCCAAAUGAAUUUUUCAUUAUAAGUAUAUAUAUGAAUAAGCUUAUACAUGUAUAUAUUCACAUAUAUAUCAACAUAUUUAUACAAACAUACUCUUGGAAACAUCAAGCCUACCAUUUAAUUUAAACAAAUUUCUUCAAUAGACAUACAGGGUAUGAAUAUUUAUGGAAUUGACUGUAAUUCUAUAAUACAAUCAAGGAAAUUAUACUGUUACCAAACAAACUCCCUAACCAACUUUUCAUCUCUCCACAGUAACGUACAUGACGAUUAUUUAUCUUAAUAAUUCUAACUGAAGAUAAUUUUACGAGCAAUAUCUUGUCAUGUUUGUUCUUUUUAACAUCUGUACCAGACCUCUACCAAUCCUCGUGCUGUAGGAUGUCUAUAGUUUGGGGCACAUUAGUGAUCGAACUGUUCAAUCGAUUUUAGAGAUCAUCGGUCUUCAAGGCGUCGAAGAAUGGGUAAUUUAUAAGAUAUUUUUUUGAUACACGAAUCACAUCAUCCUCAAAUUUAACGCUUGUCGGUCAUCGAACAAGGUUUUAUUAUUUUUAUACCUGGGAGACUUACUCAUCCUGACCAAAUACUUUCGAGUAAACGCAAGUCGCUACUAUGCCCCAAUCGUUCCCAUCUGCAAACUCAGUAUCCAGCGUUCCGACUUCUGAACGAACAGGUAAAACGAAGGACGCGCGCAGAAAGACCUGAACCACGAGUGAUCGAAAUCCUGGCGCGAAGCGAGGCUGUUCAACUUAAUAUAAUUAUACAAAUAUAGAUAGAAGACAGGGGAGAAAAUGUGCGAGAGAGUAUAUAUGCGAGAGACAGUGAAAAAAGGUGGGAGAGAGAGAGAGAGAGAGUGGUUUUUCUACACGACUAUAGAUGUUAGCAUUAAUUAAGCGCAUCGGCGUAACGGUGCUAAAGAAUCAACGCGCGAAACGUUCUGUCCUCUCUCGAAAGCUUCUUCCUUUUUAUCCCAUCCCCACCAUGUCCCCUUUUCACGAGCACCCGAAACCCCAGUUUCCCUGUACACACGCAUACAUUGAACAAAGAUACACACCACUGGCAUUCUCAGGCCACGAAUUUCACGCGAGAAGACGUAACCAGGACCCGGAGUAGGAUCGCAAGAGGAAGGUGCAAUCUCGAGGAUGCGUGGUGGAGAUGAACGGCGAUCGCAUCGACGCGAUCUUCUUUCCCACGAUCGCCGCUAUCAUUAUUACACUUUUUAACUGAUACGUUUUUAUUACUACAUUAUAUUGUAUGUUGUUAAAGUUGGACGAAGGUUAAUAAUAAAUCGUGUGUCUCGAGCACAGUUUGUUAUAUAA